AUGGAUGCAAAGAAUUACACACAAAUUUCACAAUUUCUUCUCCUGGGAAUUUCAGAUGACCCAAAAAUGCAGCCUGUCCUCUUUGGAUUGUUCCUGGCCAUGUACCUAGUUACAGUGCUUGGGAACUUGCUCAUCAUCUUGCUCACAAUCUCAGACUCUCACCUUCACACACCCAUGUACUUCUUCCUCUCCAACUUGUCACUUGUGGACAUCUGUUUCUCAUCCACCACUGUACCAAAGAUGCUAGUGAACCUUCAAUCUCAAUGUAAGUUCAUAACGUAUAAAAACUGCAUCACCCAAAUGCUUUCCUUCAUAUUCUUCUCAGGAUUGGACAUCUUUCUACUUACCAUCAUGGCUUAUGACCGAUAUGUUGCCAUUUGUAAGCCCUUGCAUUACACAGUUGUCAUGAAUCCCAGACUCUGUGUGUUAAUGGUUCUGGUAUCCUGGACAGUCAAUAUUCUGCAUGUCUCAUCACAAGGCUUCAUGGUUUUACAAUUGUCCUUCUGUGCAGAAUUGAAAUUUUACCACUUUUUCUGUGAGCUUAACCAGCUAUUACAGCUUGCCUGUUCAGACAGCUUCCUUCAGGUACUUGUCAUGUAUCUGUUACCUGUGUUGUUGGCAGCUGGAUCCCUCAUUGCUAUCCUCUGUUCUUACUCUGAGAUACUUUCCUGCAUACAUGCCAUCUCGUCAGUUCAAGGGAAGUACAAAGCAUUUUCCACCUGUGCAUCUCACCUCACAGUUGUUUCUUUAUUUUAUUGCACAGGAAUAGGUCUAUACCUGAGUUCUGUUGCAACAGAAAACUCGCAGUCAACUGCAAGAGCCUCAGUUUUGUACAGUGUGGUCACUCCUAUGCUAAACCCAUUCAUCUAUUGUCUGAGGAAUAAAGAUAUAAAAAGUGCUGUGAAAAAGGUUUUGACAUAG